CACCUCCAAUGCUGUUGUGUUGAGUUGGCAUUUGGCUGCAGCUGUAUUAGAACCAGGGACGCACUAUAUGGGAAGCAUUGGUUGUAAUUGACAAGGAAGAAUACAUUUAAAAAAAAAUGACGUUUCGAAAAGUCAACAUAAUCAUAAUCCUCCUGGCAGCAGUGGUAUUUUUGUUGGUUUUGCACCAUAACCUUUUGGGUCUGAGUGAUUUCUUGAAGAGACAAAGCUCAGAUACCAGUCCCUUAGAGUUUCAGCGAAUAGAUUUUUUACCGGAGGCUCCUGAUAGAGCCCCUGAAGAGAAGAGUGGUGCAGUUGUGUCUGUGGUCAUCACAGCUAUAGAUGACAGACUGGGAGGUGUCAUUGCUGCUCUUAACAGCAUCUCUAGCAACACCAAGUCGGAUGUAAUGUUUUAUGUUGUUGCCAUGAAUGAUACUAAAGAACAUUUAAGAUCUUGGCUUCAGAAAACUGACCUUAAACGGAUUAAAUAUAAACUAUUAGAAUUUGAUCCUCAUGUUCUUCAUGGGAAAGUUAAAAUUGGAGCAGGUGCAGACCCUUUAAAGCCACUGACUUUUGCGAGAUUCUACUUGCCUGACCUGGUUCCAAAUGUUGAAAAAGUGAUAUAUCUGGAUGAUGACGUAAUUGUACAAGAUGAUAUUUCAGAGCUUUUCAAUACGCCAAUCAAACCAGGGCAUGCAGCAGCUUUUUCAGAAGACUGUGAUUCGAUUACUUCAAAGUUUCUUAUCAGAGGUGCAGGUAAUCAGUACAACUAUAUAGGAUUUCUCGAUUAUAAGAAAGAAGUAAUACGGAAUCUGGGAAUGAAGGCAAGCACAUGUUCUUUUAAUCCUGGGGUCUUCGUUGCAAAUUUAACAGAGUGGAAAAUGCAGAACAUCACACAGCAAAUUGAAAAAUGGAUGGCACUUGAUGUUGCGGAGGACAUUUAUAGUAAGAGUCUUGCCGGAAGCAUCGCUGCACCACCGCUGUUAAUUGUUUUUUACAAGAUCCAUUCUAAUAUCGAUCCUAUGUGGCAUGUAAGACACUUGGGUUCGAAUACAGGAAAACGCUACUCUCCCCAGUUUGUGAAGGCUGCAAAACUCCUUCAUUGGAAUGGUCAUUUUAAGCCAUGGGGCAGAGCUGCUUCAUAUUCAGAAGUAUGGGAGAAGUGGUAUAUUCCUGAUCCUACCGGAAAAUUUUCUCUUGUUCGGAGACAUGGUGAGGCUGAAGAAACCAUGUGAGCUCAGUGGAGUUCUAAUGCUAUGAACUUCUGUUACAAGACUGUUCAAUGAUCUUGUGAAAUCAGUAUUUUCUCAGGAAACAUAAGCUGAUAAGAAAAAUAUUUUCCUAUUUUGGAUUUAAGACUCUAUGGGAUUUACAUCUUUUUUUUUUUUUCACCCUCUAACCUUUUGGGUUAUUUUUUUCUGUGUUUAUCACUAAUCAAAUCCUGUAACCAUCACUUAAUUUAUAAUCCUAGCUAGUAUACCAGUGUAUUUGCUCUGAGAUCACCAACAUAAGAAAUCCAUGGUGAUGUUCAUUGAACAUCUCUUCUGGAUAAGAUAAAUCCUAGACCGCCCCCCUCCCCGGUGUGCCCUCCCCGCACUAAUACCUAUACACUCCUCUCUUUCCUUUGUUCUCUAUCUCUCUAUAUAAUUGUAUUCACAUAUUGACAAAGUAGCUUAACAUGGAUUUCUAAUGUUGGUGAUUCAGCAGUGGAUACAUUGGUAUGGCAGCCUGUGGAUCAGAGCUUUUUGAGCCUUCAAACCCAGCAAAUGGAUAGAAGGGUCCCAAAUUUGGACAGACAUAACUUGAAAUAUCGUCAGCUCUAUAGUGUGGGUAGUGGUCAAUAGGUUAAAGGGACACUAAACCCAAUUUUUUUUUCUUUCAUGAUUCAGGUAGAGAAUACAAUUUUAGAAAACAUUCCAAUUUACUUCUAUUAUCUAAUUUGCUUCAUUGCUUAGUUAUCCUGUGUUGAAGAAAUAACAAUGCAAAUGGAUGAGCCAAUCACACGAGAUAUCUAUGUGCAGCCACCAAUCAGAAGCUACUGAGCCUAUCUAUAUAUGCUCUUCAGCAAAGGAUAUCAAGAGAAUGAAGCAAAUUAGAUAAUAGAAGUAAAUUACAAAGUUGUUGAAAAUUGCACACUCUUUCUAAAUCGUGAGAGAGAAAAAAUGGAUUUCAUGUCCCUUUAAGUUUGCGUGGGUUACUCUAGCAUUACAGAAGUGGAUGUGGUCAGAAUCUUGAAAUUUUUGGCACAGAAAUGUUGGACGAGAUCUAUAGCUUUCUAUUUAAAAAAUAUUAAGAGAAAACAAUUGGAAGGGCUCAUAUUUGGAGUUGUAUCUGUUGCUUUCAUUUCCAGGCAUUGAUGGGAAGGCUUGUACAAUGAGGGGAAAAAGAGGAAGAUGGAAGAGCUAUAGGGCUCCAUGUACGAAGCAGCGAAAGCUGCUCCGGAGCCUUUGCGGGGCAGGUUCGCAUAUGCGAGCCUGCUUCCUGCAAUGUAAGAAGCAGCGGUCAUUAGACCGCUGCUUCCUAAAGCCUACGCUACCUCUUAGGUGGCGAAGCAAAAUCACCAAGAGCACGCUCGCUCUCGGUGAUUGACAGCCCCUUCAGUCGCGUGAUUGGUCGUGUGAUUGAAGGAGCGGGCAUUACACACUCCGAUGAGUGUGUAAUGGUACAUACAGGCAAGCGGAUCAAUAGAUCCGCUGCCUGUGUGUAACGGAGGCGGGCGGACAGCUUUGCGAGUUAAGAAGCUGUCCGCCCGCCUCUUAGUACAUGGCGCCCAUAGUAUUAAAGUCUGAGUUGAUCUUGUAUUGUAUCCCCUCACCUUCAGUGCUCAGAUUUUUCACUGAAAUUGGAUUUUUUUAUACACAAUUGAUCUUGAUAUGUCACCAGCCAUUGUUCUAAUCCUUGCAGGAUUUUAAAAGAUUAAGCAUUUUGUAAUCAUGAUACAUUUCAUUAGUGAUUGUAAUUUUUAUUUUCAAUUAUAUUACAAUUUCUUUUUAAAUGUAUUCUUUCCCAUAGACUCAUUUCGAUAAAGAAAAGGUAAUCAUUAUUUAGAUUUUUGGUAGCAGUAAUCCAUUUAUGAAAUGAUUAUUUAUGUCUGUAGCGCAUGCUUGAUAAUCUUAUCAAAGGACUGCACUUUCUAAGUAAAAAAUCUGUUAUUUGUAUAUUUUAUCACUGUAAAGGAACAUUUGCAUGUUCCAUUGUAAGACAUUAUACUAGACAGUUUCACUUCUGUUAAAACGUAGGUCACAUUACUGUUUACAUUUUGAUAUUACAAAUAAAGGGACAUGAGUCUUGAUUCAGAUAGAGCGUGCAAUUUAAAGGGAUAUGAAACCAAAAAAUUAUCUUUCAUCAUUUCGAUAGAGCAUGUGAUUUUCUCAUUUCUAUUUUCAAUUUGUCAUGGUUCUCUUGGUAUCUUUUGUUGAAAAGCAAGAACGUAAUCUCAGGAGCCUGCCCAUUUCUGUAGCGCUAUAUGGCAGCAGUUUUGCAAGAAUGUUAUCCAUUUGUAAGAGCACUAGAUGGCAGCGCUAUUUCAACAAGGAAUAUCGUGGGAACCAAGCAAAUUUGAUACUAAAAAGGUCAUUUGGAAACUUUUUAAAUGGUAUGCGCUGUCUGAAUCACACAAAAAAUUGACUUUCAUAUCCCUAUAAAGAUAGGUUUACUGCUAUUUUUUACUUUUUAAUAUCCUUUGUUAAAAAGCAUACCUGGAAACGAGAAAAAGAGAGGGGGAGAGAGAGAGAAAAAGAGAGGGGGAGAGAGAGAGAAAAAGAGAGGGGGAGAGAGAGAGAAAAAGA